AUGGUGAUCCAACAGGUGCACAGCAGGGGGCGAGUGGCAGCUGAGAGAAGGGGAGGUCACUCUGAGGACAAGAAACAGACACUGUUGGCGUUGCUGAUCUUGGUGCUAUAUGUGGGCACAGGAAUAUCAGGAAGAAGUUGGGAGGUGUCAGAAAGAAUCAGAGAAUGUAACUACGUCCAGAAUCCUAUGACUUCCCAGGUGUUUGAAUACCAGACCAAUGACCCCUCAGAAGAGCCAAUCAAGGUCAUCAGGACCUGGUGGAAGGAGAACUUGCAUGUUUUCGUGGAGAAGCUAGAGAAAGGGGUGCGAGACCUGGAACAGCUGGUGCAAGACCUGGAGGAGUGGCUCGAUGCCCUCCUGGGAGACGGGUACCCAGAGGAGCCCAGCGCCACCCUCAAAAAUCACUUGUGA